AUGGACAAAAACUGUAAGUUACUAUUAUUUAUUAAUAUUUGUACUUUUAUCCUUUUACCAUGGAUAUGCAAUUUUAACAGUGUUAUGGGUAAUUUUAAUAAAUAUAUAUAUGAGAACCAGAACAGUGAUAGAACGUUAGGUGCAAAAACAUAUAGAUUGCUAGCAAAAAAUAUUAAGGAAAAGCGUUCAAAUAUUGUAUGGGUAAACGAGGAGAUACCAUAUAACACAACUUACAAAAAAAGUAAUAAAUGCAAUAAUAAAAGAGUAUCCAAAGGAAAAAAUAAACAGAUAAAAAAAGGUUCAAUAAAUAAUGGAGAAAGCUCAGAAGUAUCUAGAAGAAGAGAACCUUCUCUAUACACGAAAAGGAAUCCAUAUAAUAAAGAAAAAAUGGUCAACAAAAUAUUUUAUAAAAAUUAUGUUAGACGUGCUGCAAAUUCGGACUUUAAAUUUUUGAAAAGAAGCCUACGAAUAAAAAAUGGUGGAGUUUGCGUUUUAUCAUUGUUCUAUAUAAUAAUUGGCGCAAUUUAUACAUAUUUAGUAUGUUCCUAUAAAAACUUAAAUAGCAGCAUGUGGUUUAUCCCAGUAAUUGUAAUAUUAAUUAUAUUCUGGUUUGUAAUUUUAGCAGAGAUUUUUUAUCUAAUUAGAAAAUAUGUACAACAUGAAAAGUUAAUACGUAUAAAAAGUGAUAUUUAUCAUACGGCAUAUCCUUUUUUACGUUAA